AUGCUUCGCCUCCUGCUCGUUUGCUCCGUUUGGGCCACCACAGCGGCCUCGACAGAGCUCUCCACGGAGCAGCCUCGCUCCAGCUUCGAGGGCACGCUGGUUGUGGAGGGGUCGCUGAUGGAUACUCUUGUGGUGCUGAGUGGCGGCGCCUACAGCGCGAUGCCUCGGCAGGACGGCUCUUUUGUCUUUCACUCGGUGGCUGCGGGGACCUACCUGCUCGAGGUGUACGACACGCAGCGCACGUGGCCCACCGUGCGGAUAGAGGUUCCGGCGGGCGGCGGCGUGCUUGCCACCCAGACGCACGACCGCAAGCAGAUGCCGCUGCCUAUAAAAUUGGAGCCGAUGAUGGCAAACAUGGACCCGGAGGAGCUCAAAAAGAUGCAGGAGAUGCAGUCGCAGCAGUCGCAGCUCGGCUGGCAGCUCAAGGACAAGCUGGACGAGAAAGAGACGGGGGGGAAGAAGAAGAAGAUCAAGGAUUUUAACCCCUAA